AUGAACAGUUUCUUUGGAUGUAAAAAUUUACAAUAUGUCAAUAUUCCUUUGGGUGUCAGAAAAACAAAAGAUUUUAAUUUUAUUGGAUGUGGUUGUCUAAGCUCUUUAAAUAUACCAAUAACUGUUUUAUCAAUCAGUGAUGGCUGUUUUAGUAAAUGUUUAAACCUGGAUCAAAUAACAAUCCCAUCAUCUGUUAUUUUAAUUGGCCAAUAUUGUUUUAGUAAUUGUGAUAAAUUGAGUAGUGUAAACCUUUCAUCAAGUGUUACAACAAUUAAAGACGGCUGUUUUAGUGAAUGUUUUAAUCUGAAGAGUGUAACAAUACCUCAAAACGUUGUUUCAAUUGGUAAUUAUAGUUUCAGUGGAUGUUUAAAAAUAAGCAAUGUAAUAAUACAAUACAAAGUAGAAUCAAUUGGUGAUUAUUGUUUCAGUAGAUGUAGCAGUUUAAGUAGUGUUAUAAUAUUUUUCAAGUGUGAAAUCAAUUAG